UAAUAUCAUAUAGUAGUAAUAAAUAAAAGUUUAAAAAAACAGUACUGUAGUUGUAAUUUUUUUAUUAGAUCCAAUCACUUAUCAAUCAUAGUAAUAAAUUGUUCAAAAAUCAUCAAUCAUUGACUAUGUCUGCUAGUACUAAUGGUCAAUUCCCUCCAUCAUCUCCAUUGAUUAGCAAUGAAGAUUAUGCAGUUGAUGAAGACCCAUUCACUUUUAAACCAAAACAAUCAUAUGAUGACAUCUCAGACAAACACUUAGAAAGAGGAAGAACUUCAACAACAGAAUAUCCAACUCCAAAUCCUUCUUCUGCUUUAUUUAGAUCUUCAUCUCCGGCUCCUUCCAAUAAUAUAAUUUCCAGAAAUGAUAUUGAAACUCAAACUCCUGAACCUCAACCACCUAAAAAGGUUACUUUCGAUUUAGACACACAACAUAAAGUCAGAAUCAAUAAGGAUUUCAAUAUUUUAAAUCCUGAUGCAAAAGUUUCAAGAAUUCCAUUACUUGCUUCAAAGAGUCAUAUUACUAUAGGUAGAUCUUCAAAAUCCUGUGAUUUUGCUAUCAAUGCUAAAAAUUCUUUCAUCUCAAGAUGUCACCUUUCCUUGACAUAUAAUUCUCAACAAAUUGUAUUAAAUUGUUUAGGACAAAAUGGUGUUACUAUAAACAUUCCAAAACCUUGUUUUGUUUAUGCAACUAAUUCUGUUGAUAAUUAUUUAGUCAUGGAAAAUAAAUCUGGUAAACCUUUAAGUCUUAAUGAUUUGAAGUUAGUUAAAUCUAAAUCUAUAAAAUUAGAUCAAAAUUCUACUCAAUUUUAUAUUAGAAGAAAUGAAACUAUUACUAUUCCAAGAUUAACAAAUAUUUUAUUAGAAAUAUCUAAUCUGGUGUUAUUAAUUAAUCCGGAAGAUGUUGAAGAAGAUUUAACUGAAGAUGAAAUGCCCACAUUAAUAACUCCAAUUAAAUCAACUAUCAAAUCACCUCCUCAACCAAAAACUCCAAGUAAAACAUCAAGUGAAAUUAGAAAUCAAACUGAACUUGAAGAUAGUCAGAAACAAAUUGCUCAAGCUGAAGUAGAUUUACAAGAACAAGAACAAGAACAAGAACAAGAACACGAACACGAACAAGAACAAGAAAUUGAACCAACUCCAAGUAAACCACCAAUUCUUUUGCAACCAAACCCAAAGCCCAUAACAAAAUUCAAGAUUUUCGAAGAUGUUCAAAAAGAAGAAGAAUAUGAACCAACUCGUGUUCCAACACCAGAGGCUUCUAUUAAGAGGCAAUCAACUCCAUUGAAUGAUAAAUCUAAUACUUUCAGCAAUCCUGCUACACCAAAAUUCAAAAGGUCGCAAUCUGAAGAGCCACCAAAGCAAAAGAAGAAAAAGAAGAAUGAUCUUACUUCUGAACCAUUACAGAAAGUUGAAAUUAAUCAAGAAUGGAUAGCAAGUAUUGAAAAUGUUGAUGAAAUUAAUAAUAUAUUAAUUAAUCACUUAGCCUUUUCAAGAUUAUCUUCAACUCCAGUAUCAUUUUUAAGAACCAUAAGUGUAGUUACAUCACGAUUGGAAUUAAAUCAACUUAGAGUUGUAUUACAUAAUGUGAAAUGUAUUGGAGUAAUCUAUAGACAAGGUAAAGAUGCUGCUGGAAAACCAUUAGAAGAAGAAUAUUAUUAUAUGCCAGAAAAUGAUGAUGAUUUGGAUAGAACCAAGUUAGUAGCUAAUCUUAAGGGUCAUCAAGGUUUAAGAUCUUGUAGAAGAACUCAUAAGCAAUACUAUUGGAAAAAGCCAGCUUCUAAAAAGUAAAUAGCUUAAAAACUUAUAUUAAUAAUUCGAAUCAUUUGUAUAUUAGUUAA